AACUCCCGUGUUGCACCGCAGAGCUGGGUAAAAAUGGCUGAAGUUGAUUUCGGGGAUAGUGAACUCUUUCAGCAGCUCGAUGACUCCGAGCCGCCGGUCCCGACGCACCUCCGCUUCACAGAUGAUGAGGAGGACCAGGAGGAGAGGAGCCAGCUCCGGAGCAGGCUGGAGGAGUGUGAUGACUACAUCCAGAGACUCACUGAGGAGAAUAAAGUUUUAAGAAGGAAACUGAACAUCCUGACACGGCCAAGCGGCAUCACAAUUGAAGAUGUCAACAUCGACGGGCCACUUCUACAGAUCCUUUAUUCAAACAACACUAUCUCAAAGCAGUGUCGUCAGGAAAUUGAAGACUGCAUCUGCAGUGUGAUUCUGAAGCACCAGAAACCAGGCCAUGAAAAGAAAAAAUCCACCUUUCACAUAAAACCUCAGAAUUCAGCUUUUGCUAUGGAUGAAGAUCCACUGAAAUUGUCUUCCAGCAGUGUAAGAACAACGACAGAGGCUUUUAAAGUGGUUGGAAGUGUCUUAUAUUUCACUACUUUCAGUCUUGAUAAACUUGGACAGCCUCUGGUCAAUGAAAACCCUCAGAUGACAGAUGGAUGGGACAUUCCAACAUACAACCAGGUUUUCAACCAAGUUGUUGGAACAGAUGGACAGGAAAUCGAAAUGAAAGACAAAAGACCCAAGUCUAUGUGUUUCAACUGUGGUUCCAGCAGUCAUCAGCUGAGAGAUUGUCCCAAGCCCAAAGACAUGGCUGCAAUUAAUGAGAGAAGGAAGGAGUUCAAUCAAAACAGUAACCAGACCAUGCAGAGUAACCAACGAUACCAUGCUGAUGAGGUGGAGGAGCGGUUUUCUAAAUACAAGCCUGGAGUCAUGAGUGAGGAGCUGCUGACAGCACUUGGAAUUGACGGCAACACCCUCCCUCCUCUGAUUUAUCGCAUGAGGCAGCUAGGCUACCCACCAGGUUGGCUCAAAGAGGCAGAAAUGGAAAACUCAGGCUUAACACUGUAUGAUGGAAAUGCUUCAAAUAACGGCAAUGUAACAGACAAUAGCAAUUCGCAAAACAUCUCUUACGAUGUUUCCAAACUGAUAGAUUUCCCAGGGUUCAAUGUACCUGCACCAGACAAAAUGAAAGAUGAGUUCAUGCAGUAUGGUUCAAUUCCAAUGCAGAGCAACCACAUGAAGCAAAACUAUGCAGCGUACCUGUCCAACAACUUUCCCAUGCCUGGUGCAACCUGCAACAAGAGACGCCAUGAAUCUGACUCAUCUCCACAGCUAAGGAAAAGGAAUAGGACCAGUCCUGAUCGGAACUCCGAUAGGAGCUCAGAUAUGGAUAUUGAAUCAGACCCAGGAACGCCUUAUCAUGCUCACGGCCCAGGCGACUUCCAGUUUCAACCGCCGCUGCCCCCUGGCUCUCCUUGUUUCAGUUCACCUCCUCCUUUACCCCAGGGCACUCCUCCUGCUACGCCCACUCCCCCACCUCUUCCUAAAGGUACACCUCCUCCCACUCCCACAAAUGGCUCUCCAGCACUGAGAGGGCGGAACUGGGUAGUAGCUGAUGAGACUGUGGAGGGAACAGAGGAUGACCUGACACUGGAGGAACUGGAGGAGCAGCAAAGGCUGAUUUGGGCAGCUCUAGAAAAUGCUGACACUGCCACAAAUAGUGACUGUGAGACACCAGCAAUGGGAACACCUGUACCCAGUUCACCAAGCGUGUCCACAUCUGCGCAUAUUGACACAGAAACUGAAGAGGUAGAAGAAACGAUGGACACAAUGACACCUGCAGAAACUUGCCAUAGCAGUGAAAAUCAAAGGGAACCAGACGUUCAAGAGAUUUGCUCUCAGAGCCCUGGACCAAUCAAAGUCGAGGACGACAGCCCUCAGAGUCCUGAACCAGUCAAGGCCCAAGAGGAAUGCCCCCAGAGUCCUGGUCCAGUCAAAUCCCAUGAUGACAGCCCACAGAGUCCAGAUCCAGUCAAAUCCCAGGAAGACAACCCACAAAGUCUUGAUCCAGUCAAAUCCCAAGAAGACAAUCCACAGAGCCCUGAUCCAGAGUUCUCUCACAGCGGUGCUGGAGAUUGUAUUUCUCCUAAGCAUGUGGAAAAGAUAAAAGCUGUUCCCCAUCGGAGCAAGUUUGCAACUGGCAUCGUUCCAUUUGAAGAUACACCAGAAUUCACUGAAGUUGCUGAAGCCACGGGGACAUACCUUAAGAUCAGAGACUUACUUAAAAGUUCCCCUCGAAAUUUGGCAAAGAAGAAAUAAAGGUUUACUGUCUUGAUUUGGAAAACACAAAAGACACAUAUAUUUUUUAAACCAAAAACUUCUGUUUUCAUUUUCAUCUCCAUCCCUUCAAGUGUGUUUUUUUUUUUAAGCUGUCUGUUCUUUUGUACCAGAAUGAAUGUCUAUGCUGUAAACAUACAAUGAGGGAGGGGGAGUGAGGGAUAAUGCAACAGCAAUGGUUUGUAGGUUUUGACUAAUUAGCCUCAGAUUUUUGUAGAAGUAGUGUUAUUUGGGCUGUUGCUUUUAUUGUAAAAUUUGUAAAAUGACCAUUUCUGUUUUAAUUUUCUGUUUAAAUGGCUUUUUCUAUUUUUGUUCCACUUGAAUUGUUCUAAAACCAUCAAGUAAACCUGCUUGUUUUUGCUUCAGUGUUUUAUUCUGUAUGGCAGCCAUACCUAGAUGCAUACAUUUUGCUGUAUGUUGUUAUCUGUGAACAACAUCAGCUCACUUUCUGAUUUUAAUGAACACUGCAAAUGAAAUUGUAUAUAACUGAAACUCUGCCUUAAAACAAUUUUCAUCUUGUUCCAAUGACAUUACAAA